AACAGAAGAUGCUCAGACAGAUACCUGUCCAAUCCAGUACUUGUGCUGAACCACAUACAGCUGAUGCCAUGCUCUCCUCCAUGAGGAUUGUUCUUGUGGGUAAAACUGGUGUUGGUAAAAGUGCAGCUGGAAACACAAUCCUGGGAAGAGAACAGUUUAAAUCUGUGAUGAAGAUGAAUACAAUAACAACUAAAUCCUUAAAAACUGAUGCCACAGUUUCAGGCAGAUCUGUGUCUGUAGUCGACACUCCUGGAUUAUUUGACACAAAGAUGAAUCCUGAAGAGUUAAUGACGGAGAUCGCCCGAAGUGUGUAUAUCUCCAGUCCUGGACCUCACGCUUUCCUCAUAGUACUCAGAAUAGAUGAAAGAUUCACUGAACAUGAGCAGCAAAUUCCAAAGACAAUUGAGUGGUUGUUUGGUGAGGGAGUGUUGAAAUACUCCAUCAUCCUCUUCACUCGUGGAGAUCAGCUGAAUGGAGAGUCUGUAGAGGAGUUUAUUAAAGAGAGCGAAGCUUUAAGAUCUGUAGUCCAGCAGUGUGGAGACAGAUAUCAUGUGUUCAACAACAGAGAUGUGAAUAACAGAGAGCAGGUGGAGGAUCUACUGCAGAAGAUUGACUCAAUGAUACAGCAGAAUGGAGGAGGACACUACAGUAAUCAGAUGUAUGAAGAUGCUCACAGAUUCAGACAAGAGGAGGAAGAGAGGAAACAAAGAGAAGAAGAGGAGAGAAAACAACAAGAGGAGAAAAGAAUACAAGAGGUGGUUGAGGCAAAUUUUAAAGCUGAAAGAGAGACAUGGGAAAAAGAUAGCGCAGAAUUUAAAAAGUUUUAUGAUCUGUUUAAGCUCUGGUUCACUCGUGCUGCAGCUUGUACUACUGCUGGAGUUGUUGCUGUUGGAGUUGGUGCUCUUGCUGGAACUGCGAUUGCACCUGCUGCUGUUGCUGCUGGAGCUGGUGCAGUUGGAGCUACUGCUGUAGCUAGUGCUGUUAAAGCAGGUUUUUCUAGUACUGGUGCUGCUGGAGCUGCUGCUGCUACUGCUGCUGUUGCUGCUAGAGCUGUUGUUUCUGCACCUGUUGCUGCUGCUGCUGGAGCUGGCAUAGGCGUAGCUGCUUUUGUUAAAAGUAAUUGGAAAAAGGAACAUAAAAAAAAACUGUAG